CAUUCCAAACAUAACACUACCAUUCCACAUCAAAAAGCACGGUUUCACAUACAGGUGGAAACUAAGCGGGAGACGAACCUCAGAUCAGUAGCUCACAGCCGACAACGGGAAUGGUUGCUGGAAGAGCUAAGCUGAAUGUCGCCGGUGCGCCAUCGGAGAUGAACGACAACCCUCGCUAGAAAGGAACGACGGCGGCGACGGUCCAGAAAACCCUUCCCUUAUCUGUUUGCGCGAGGGAGGGAUGGUAAAGACGGAAGAUACCACGGCGCCGGAGAGAGACCACGGCGCCAGAGAGAGAAUGCGGCGGCGGACAGAGAAUGCGGCGGCGGCGGACAACGCCGGAGAGAAAUUGCGGCGGAAAGAGAAGCAGAAAUCGCGGCGGACAGAGAAGCUUCUGCUCUCUGCAAAAGGGAAAAGGAAAAAGGGUUUUGGGUUUGGGAGCUGCGUUGAGAAGGAAAGGAACAAUAAAGAAGGGAAGCGUGGGGCAAGGCUAUGAUUUCGGGCCUAGUAAUGAUUAUGUGGUCCUUUCCGUAAACACCCUUCAACAAAAUGGACCCUCAGAUUGAAUUUCUCUAAUCUGUAUGGCCAAAAAGGAGGUAGCCAUGGUGGCUACUUAAAAAUAAGGAACCAGGCUAACGCAUUCCCUUCCAGUUAGCAAUUUUGUUAGUAAUAUUGACUUGGCAACAUGAAAUUGACUUGGAAGAGACACAUGAAGGUCAAGAUUCCAAAAUUUUAGUAAUUUAACUAAAGAAAGAGUUACAAAAUUAUUAACGAUAACGUAAAAAUGGUUAAUAUUUUGAUGAAUUAUGAAAGUUUGGCUAAUUAAUCGAAUUUUAAUAUGUUUGGAUAAUAUAAAAGAAUCUAAAAAAGGUUUGGACAAAAGAUAUAGUAUUUUAUCAUGUAGUCAAAAUCGAAUACUAGAUGCAUUUAUGACUUUUUUUUGUCUUGGUGUUCUGAAUAGGUAGAAACUUAUUUAUUAUAAUGCAUAUAACUAUACCCAGGCACAUGGCCGAGCUAGCAUGACAGAGUUAGAGCAUACCAUGAAUGUAGACACCACAUUUUGUCCGGGAUAAUCGUUUUAUUGAAAAUAAUUAUUGCCACGUCGUACUACGAUUGUAUUUAAAAAGGAAGCCGAAGAUAGUUUGGUUGAGACUAGCGGUUGCAAGUCAAUAUGAACCAACAAUUGUCAAAUGUGCUCCUAGUCGAUUCUAGGGCAUAAUUAGUUAAGAUAUGAUCAGUUUAAGUAAAGAUUAGCAGUGGCAAAUCUUAAAUAUAAAUUCUCAAUUGGAUGGAAGAAAUGACUAUAGCGGAAAUUUUGUUGCUCGAGUUUGGAUUUGGAUUCGGUAUUUGAAAUGGGACAAAUUAAAUAGUAGAAUGAGCUUUAUUAUCAAAGAUUCAAAGUUCAUACAUCGUACAACUUGGGCAAUGACCUCUAAAUAAAGCGAGAAUUAGAAUUAAUUACAGUGACUAAUGGUACCUCUACAAAAUUUGGGCCACGGAAUUUGAUUUGUACACAUACAAUUACAAAGAGAGAAAUAUUUGAGCCUUGAGGCAUGAAUCUGGUCCACUGGCCCAACUUUCUCAGUCAACCAAGCCAAGAUACCUGGAAAAAAAUAAAAAGAGAAGAGACCACUUAGUUCAAUUCCAAAUUUUUAAGCCCAAAAUAGGCUGUCACUUGAGCCCAGUUUCUAACCCAAAACCAGAGGCCCAAUCGGCCAGCAGAGAAACCAAUUCUGUCCCAACUUGGCCCAACGAAAUCCGACCCAAACCCAACAGGUCCUACUCUGCCAACCAGUUCAGUCCAAAAACCAACCAUAAACCGACCUUGAUCAAAUCGGUCUGACCAUAUCUUAUCCAGCCGACCAGGCACACAUUUCAAAGUCAUAAUAAAGAAAUGUUCGAAUCAUAGAGCGACACGUGGCGGUUUAGUUUGCUUUAAAUGAGCUCCUUGAGCUCUUUGUUGAGGGGAACGAUUUGGGGAGGAAAAAUAUAUAGAAACGGCAAUUCCCAAACACUCUUUUCCUUAAAACACAAAACUUAGUCCAGAUAUCUGAAGUGAGGAGAAUCAAGGAAGUGUUCUUGAAGCAGAAAUCCCAAUAAGGUUGGUGCUUUUGACUCCGCUUCAAUAUUGUUAAUGAAAUUCCAUCUCAUUUCGUAUAUUUUAUGCUCGAUCAUUGUACAGUUAUAAUCAUCCACCUACUAGCAUAUUUACAUUCAAGUGAUUUACUUUACAAGCUUUCUUUACAUUCAAGCACUCUAUUUACCCAGAUCUGCUCGUAUCAAUUUCAUUAAGCUCUAUCAUUAAAGUUUUUUUUCCUUCUCGCAUCAAUAGCUUUGUCUAUGCAAUUACUAUUAUGCCAAUUAACUUAAGUAUGACUG